CACUAGGGUACUUGAUUUUGUUUUGAUUGCUAAGCCACAAAGACCACAAACAUGUCUCUGGAAGACAUCCACAUGAACACCCAGGAUUUGCUUGAAAAAAAACAAUUAGAUGCUGGAGGAUUUGGAACAAUUUCUUUAUGCUUUCACAAGAAACACGGAUAUGUAGUAUUAAAAAAAGUGUAUACAGGACCCCAGCGCACUGAAUACAAUGCUUCCCUCCUUGAAGAAGGCAGGAUUAUGCGCAGACUGAAGCAUGACCGUGUGGUAAAACUACUAGGUAUAAUUUUGGAAGACGGAAACUACUCACUUGUGAUGGAGUAUGUGGACCGGGGGAACAUGAUGAAAGUGCUACAGAAAGUCUCACUGCCUUUAUCAGUGAAAGGACGUUUUGUGCUGGAGAUCACAGAAGGAAUGCUUUAUCUGCAUGAGCAAGGCUUCGUACACAAAGACCUAAAACCAGAAAACGUCCUUGUGGACACAGACUUCCACAUUAAGAUUGCAGAUCUGGGUGUUGCCUCCUUUAAGAACUGGAGUCGGCUGACACAAGAAGAGACUGUCCGACAGAAGCAAAUCAAGAGCACUUGCCAGAACAAUGCUGGGACUCUUUUCUAUAUGGCCCCAGAGCAUUUACGCUGUCUUAAUGUAAAACCUGUGGAGAAAUCGGAUGUUUACAGCUUUGGCAUAGUGAUCUGGGCAAUUUUUGCUAACAAAGAGCCAUAUGAAUAUGGUAUAAAUGAAGCCCAGAUUUGCUUUGGCAUCAUGAAUGGAAACAGACCAGACAUAAAGGAGAUCACUGAUAAAUGUCCAGUGGAAGUUAUUGACUUAAUGAAACAAUGCUGGGAGCAAGAGUCAGAGAAACGGCCAACCUUUACAGAAAUCAGUCAAAGAUACAAGCCAUUUUACUAUCAAAAUCUAAGAAACAAUAUUGAAGAUGAUCUGGAGAAUUUAAAAAAAAUGUGGCCUGAGUCAAAUGAACUGCUGAAUAGGAUGCAGUCGCUUCAAAUAGAUGCUGUAGCAGAAGAUACCAGUAAUGGUCAAGUAGAUCAGCCUAAUUCUCUACACAGCUCUCAAGGUCCCAUGACCACUCAGGUUAACGAAGCCCUGUUUGCUGCCUCCCCUGGCAACCAGCCUGUUGAGAGCUGUGAGACCUCAUUUAUAUCUGCUGAUAAUCUAGAAAGAAAACUUCAGCGUGAAUACAACUACCAUGUAUUCGGGAGCUGGAUGGAUAAAGCAGUUCCACCUGUAGUAUACACCCCUGAAAUGAGAGAGGAAGAAAGGAGACGAAGAGUUUCUUACGAUCCGUUUGCAAAGUCAUCUUCUGUUCCUCAGAGUGAACUGUAUCCAAGAGCUGAAAAAACAGGAUCAAACACUAAUCCGUAUUUCUGGCUACAGCCAGCUGCAACACCACCGAAACAGGGAAAUAUCGAUAUUUUUUACGGGUCAAACCCUAACAGUCUUCUAACAGGAAACACAGAGAGUCUCUAUGGAUUGUGUCCAGCCAAUACCUUUAGCCUAAGUAAACCUCCAGUGCCUGAAUCUGGCCCAAACCUGUUGUCACAGACCAAUGUAAACUGGUAUCCAAAGAAUGCAGACACCGAUACAGGUAACAAGGAUUCCACUUCUUUCACAAGGGGAACUUUUACAUACUAUCCUACUGCACCCAGAGUAAGCACAGAAGAUUCAGUCAAGUACAACAUAAGUAACAGUUCUGGAAUCCAAAUUGGAUCCUACAAUCACAUGAAGAUUGAAGAGCACAAUCAACACAUCGACACUUCUCCUGUUGCUACAGAAGCGACUUAUAGGCAUUAUGAAACAAUGGGUAUAUUUGACAAUACUACUGUCCUAACUGAGAAACAUCUGAAUCUAGUGAGAGAAAAGUUGGCUAAACAGUGGAAGCACUGUGCUCGUAAACUGGGCUUCUGUGAUCCGGAGAUUGAUGAAAUUGAUCAUGACUAUGAACGAGAUGGACUAAAAGAAAAAGUUUACCAAAUGCUGCUUAAGUGGGUAAUGAGGGAAGGCUCCAAAGGCGCUACAGUUGGAAAACUUGCCAAAGCCCUCUUUGGCUGCCGGAGACUUGAUCUCCUUACUAGUUUGAUGCAAAUCAAUGAGGAAUAAGUUGACUGAGAGCGGGGAGGAAAUGAGGGUAUUUUUUCCUGAAGACCUUCCAAUAACAAGUAAUAAUUCUGAACAGACUUUCUGGAGCUCUCCUUUUUGCACAGACUUUUUGGAACACAUUUUUUCUGCCAAGCAGUUUUUAGUGAAUACCUCCAGUAAAUCAAAAACUUUAUGUCAAGAUAAUUGGUCUUCCAGAAGAUAAAAGAAAAUAAGCAUCUUCCUUCUGAAGAAAAUGAUUGUCCGAAGAUAAUAACAACCAAAUGCAAUAGUAAUAUCAAUUCAAGAAGAACAUGUCAUACAAAAUUUCUAGGUUCUAUCUUGAAACACAUUGGUAUGCUUGUUCAGUUCUGAACAAAAGUGUGUCAUUUCAGCAAAGCUAACAUAUCAACAAUAACAUGUGAAAGACUCACUCGUUGAAAAACUUGGACAGAAAACAAAAUCAGCUCUUAAAUUUUGCCAGAAGUGCCAAUACUUACAAGAGUACUAUCCCAGAUUUUUCUAAGUCAAUGUGAUAUUAUUUUUAAAAUCUUUUUAUAAUGUUUAUUAAAUACAGAUUGUCUGGAAUUAUGCAGAAGAGCAGUGUGAAU